CCUCGUCGUCCGUCCCUCCACCAACACCACCGACGCCUCUCCUUCACCCGACCGUCAUCGUCACCGCGAUCGAGACCGUGACCGUGACCGUGACCCUCCUCCUCCACCUCUUCAUUCCCGCUCCGCUCGAUUCCCACACGAUCCUCCUGCUCUGUUGUGCUUGCAAGAACUUGGGCCUUGAGGAAGGCACGAUGCUAUGAAUUAAGCCUUGGAUCAUGAUCUGAUAUUUUUUUUAAUUCAAGGGUUUAUAAGAUUUUUGGAUGAUGGAUGAGUCUAUUCUGCUGAACAUGUGGGUUUUUUGCAGCAAAGAAUCCGUCUCAUGUGUUCUUAUUUUGCAGAGCCAUGGCUAUAUGUUUGGUUUGGGUUAUCUGUGGGGGUUUAAUGGAAUCUGAGAUUUGAUCUAGGAGAGACAUAAUUUUGGUGACAGGACACUCAUGUAGAGGGCUGAAACUGACCUCUUAUUAAUUGUUUUAGUGAUAUCAUCUUUAGUUGUAACCAGUCUUUUGAUGGGUCUUGGCUCCUUGAUAAGGAUUUCUCCAUGAGUGAGUGCACUGUUAUUCUGUGGAAGCCUUCCUGACCUCAUGACAACAUGUUCACCAAUGAUAAACUUCAUACCAUCACUGGUUACAUGGUUCUGUUUUUGGGCCCAUGGACAUAGAACUCAUGCAGGUUCUGCCUCUCCAGUUCGUCGCAGCGAUGCAGAUCAUCGCUAUGGUUCUGAUUAUGAUAAUUUGUCACGAAAUCGUGGGUAUGGUAAUGCAAGAGAAGCUGGGAGAUAUCGAGACCCAUCACCCCCUUAUGGCCGAGGGAGAGUAGGUGGCAGGCCAGUCGGUAGAGCCUUUGACAGGCCUGGCUUCAAUCCUGGAUUACUUAGAGGGGACAACGUCAGUAGAAAUAAUCCAAAUGUGCGUCCUAGGGAGGGAGAUUGGUUCUGUCCGGAUCCCAGAUGUGGCAAUCUUAACUUUGCAAGACGGGACCACUGUAACAGCUGUAAUAGGCCUCGUUUUGCUAGUGGUGCAAGUCCUCGGAGGGCUUAUCCUGGUCCUCCACCACUUCAUGCUCCUCCUAGACGCCUUCCUGGCCCCUCGAUUGCCCGUUCUCCCGAAAGGGCAAUGAAUGGCUAUAGAUCUCCACCUCGGGGUUUUGCCAGGGAUGCUCCUAAAGAGUAUCUGCCACCACUAAGGCAUGAAGGAAGAUUUCCGGAUUCUCCUCAUGCGCGCAGAGAGCGGAUAGAUUACAUUGAAGAUUCAUACAGGGGGAGAAACAGGUUUGAUAGGUCCCCCCCACUGGACUUUGGUCCGAGACGCCCUGCAAGAGAUGAUUUCUCUGGUGAAAGAAAAGUUUUUGAUAGGCGAUUGCCAUCGCCCCCACCCUCUGCACCUCUCUUGCCUCACCGGGGUCCGUGGGCCCGUGACGUGAGAGAGAGAAGCCGUUCUCCAAUAAGGGGUGCCCCACCGCCAAAAGACUAUCGCCAAGAUAUGUACUUGGAUCGUGUAAGAGAUGAUAGGCGUGGUGUGGGACGUGAUAAAAUUAGAGGAAUGUAUUAGCUUGGGAUCCAUAUGAACUGUAAUGGUUUUUCGCGUAGACUUUUUUAUUAUUAAAUAUAUCUCUGCUGUACAAGUGAUUCAGUUCUCUUUGCAAACUCUCUUAAAUCUCUCGUCAGGAGUUGAUCCCGAUUGGUUAGGCGAUUCAUUUGUUGUGUCCGAGAGAAUCAGUUCCUGUUAUCUCCAGCAUUAGGACAAUCGUCAACGCAUUGACAAACUAUUUGAUUCUGGAGUGUACAUCUUUUUUUUUCUUUUUUGGUUGAGUGUACAUCUAUCUGUUUCUUUGAUGCACGGAAUCUCAAACAUGAAAGAUGAAACUGUUGAGUAUACCAUUUUUGUUUGUCGAGC